AUGGCAUCUCCAUCAUCCAGUUCUGGCGAAGAGCCCAAGAAGAAUGAGGAACAAAUCACUUUCAGAUUCUGUAGCGAAUGUUCAAAUAUGUUGUAUCCAAAAGAGGACCCCGAUACCCACCGCCUACAAUUCGCAUGCCGUACUUGCCAAUAUUCAGAGGAGGCUGUCUCCUCUUGUGUCUUCAGAAAUAUUCUUAACAAUGCUGUCGGUGAGACUGCAGGUGUCACUCAGGAUGUUGGAUCUGAUCCUACUCUUCCACGAUCCAACAAGACUUGCCCUGCUUGCAGAAACGAGGAUGCUGUGUUUUUCCAGUCUCAACAGAGAUCUGCGGAAACGGGAAUGAAACUCUUCUACGUAUGCUGCGGGUGCGGUCAUAUUUUCCAAUGA